UGUCCGUAUAGUCGAAGAAAUAAGCAGAGAUCAAGCCGUCAGAGUUUGCCGGGUACUCAGCUCCCUCCCUUUCACCCUCUUCCUCAGAGACGAACCAUGCAGGUCGCGAAGAAAUCAGGAAUCCAAAUGGUCCACGGCAUUGCCAUCAACAGUGGUGCAGCAGCAUCCAUGAAGCUGGGAAUGAGCCCAUACUCGCUGGUGCGAGAGCUUGCGGCGUCGAACGCGGUCGUGGUGUUCAGCAUGAGCGGGUGUUGCAUGUGCACCGUGGCCAAGCAACUUCUCCGCGGCCUCGGCGUCGGGCCCCUAGUCAUUGAGCUCGACCAGCACGCCAACGGCCCUGAAAUCGAGGCCGUCCUAUACGAGGUCUGCCAAGACGACCAGCAACCGAUUCCGGCGGUCUUCAUCGGGGGAAAGUUCUUGGGAGGCGUGGAAUCCCUCAUGGCCUGCCACAUCAAUGGCAGCCUGGUGCCUCUCCUCAAGGACGCUGGAGCUCUCUGGCUCUGACUUAAUUCAUAGCCGAGAUAUGAUUCUUGUUUUUCACUGACAAUGAUGACCGGAACAUGCUUGUGAUCUUAACUCUUCUUUCUCAUCUGGUUUUCUCUUUUAUGCUGCUAUCUUACGUUCUCAACCACUAAGACAGUCUUUGCCUAUUUCUUAUUAGUAACCUAUAUUACGUACCCUGUGUUCUUCAUGUACAAGGUACGGAUCGAGUGACAGAAUGAUCGGAGCAUUGUUUCUUUGUCUUCUCG